AUACAAAGUAUAAAGUUAUACUUCCUCCUAUUUUUUUUAGAAUACUGUUGUACCAAUCAAGUUUGAUCCAAAAUGAAUGUAGCUUCAGAAAAUCUAAGCAACAUAUUUCCAUCGCAAUUUAUACGACAUUGUUUGAUCUGACAUAAAGUUUAAAAAAUAACUUUCAAUUAUUGAAAGGUGGCAACUAUUUCAGGACGAACUAAGAAGUAAAGUUGGGACAGAUGUAAUAAUAUUUUCUUUGAUUGAAGGGUCAAAAAUACAUUUAAAUUUUUACUAUCUCUAACUAUUUGUCAAAACAUACAUCAACUAUCAAUUGUUCUCUUUAGUUGAGCUGUCUUUUGAUAAACAGUUGAUUUCAAGUAGAAAAUUCGCACGCCUAAUAGGUCAGGUAUGAAACUAUGAAAUUCAAAAGACCGAGAUGCUUUAGGUAUGUUUUCGACCAUUAAUACAUUUUUCAUUUAGUAAAAAUUUUCUAUUGCAUUAGUAAAUGAUUUAUAUAAUUUUCUAUAAAGUCUUAAUUUAACUAAUCCUGAAAUCUUACAAUUACAAAUCAUGCAUCCUCCACAACUCCCCCUGACUUUUCUCCUCUUCCCAUGCAUGUCCACUCCCUCUGCUUCACUUACUCUCAUCUAUUCUUCACACUUUUUUCAAUUUUCCUUUUACUCAUUCUUCUCUUACAAGUUGAAGAAUUCACCAUUUGAAUGCUCUUUUCGGAUAAAAAUGUUUACGUAGUAAUUGAUGUGUUUGAAUAUCUAUGAUUUUCGUGUUGUUUUGGGAUGAUUCGCGAGUGUUUUGUGGCAUUUUAGACGGUAUAAAGAAGAUUUGUUGAGCAAAAAGACUAAAAGUUGUUUGAGAAAUAUGUUCAUGACUGUGAAUGAAAAUUGAAAUAUAGUGACAUUUGAUUGCAUGGAUGAAAGCAAAGAGGAUAAGGUGCAUGGAUCAGAUCAGUGUACAAAGGCCAAUUCGCGAAGCUACCAGCUGAGGACAUAUACAGGGACGAAUUACAGGCGUCCCCAUGUCCAGCUUCGCAAUAACAGCCUCGAUGAUAACAUCAUUCGCAACAAUAAUAAUGAUUAUGGUUUACAGCAAGAAGAGUUAUGCAAUGAUGAAGAAGGCUCUCAUUUGGUUAAUCAAAAGAUUGAAGGCAUAGAUGAUAGUAAUGAAUCGCCUUUGCCCGAGUUUGAAGGAAGUGGUGGUGGAGUUGGAAGCUUUAAAGUACCAGCUCGUGCCCCUCUGAGCCCUGCCCGUCCAACUUACCUUGAGCUCAGGCCACAUCCCCUCAAAGAAACUCAGGUUGGGAAAUUUUUGAGGACCAUUGCCUGUACAGAGACACAAUUAUGGGCAGGACAAGAAUCCGGGAUAAGAGUGUGGAAUUUUUCCGAUCAAUAUGAGUGCGGGAUGGGAAUUGGAGGACGGGCAAGGAGAGGUGAUGAAGAUGCAGCACCUUUUUAUGAGUCAGAUGAUACAUCACCGGCGUUAUGCUUGAUAUUUGAUUCUGGGAAUGAGGUGAUCUGGAGUGGGCAUAAGGAUGGCAAGAUAAAGUCGUGGAGAACGGACCAGCCUAAUUCUAAUGACUCCUCUUUCAAGGAAGGGCUCUCGUGGAAUGCUCAUCGUGGCCCCGUUCUUUCAUUGGUUAUAUCUUCUUAUGGUGAUAUAUGGUCUGGAUUUGAAGGUGGUAUCAUAAAGGUUUGGCCCCGGGAAGCAGUACAGAAAUCUCUCUCUCUAUCAUCAGAUGAAACACAAACACACAUUGCCACCUUACUCGUGGAAAGGUCAUUCGUUAACCUUAGAAGCCAAGUUACAGUUAAUGGUGUAUGUAACAUCUCAUCUUCUGAUGUGAAUUGCUUGCUCUCUGAUUAUGUAAGAGCAAAAAUGUGGGCAUCUGGAUCUUUGUCCUUCUCGUUAUGGGAUGCACGAACGAGGGAACUCCUGAAAGUGUAUAAUGUAGAAGGUCAGAUUGAGAAUGGGGUUAAUAUGUCAUCUGUGCCAGACCAAGCAGUGGAAGAUGAGAGUAGUGUCAAGUCUGGUUCCAAAUCUAAAAAAGAAAAGUCACAAGGAGGUAACUUUUUCCAGCGCUCACGCAAUGCUAUAAUGGGAGCUGCCGGUGCUGUACGUCGAGUUGCAACAAAGGGGUCAGGGGCAUUGGCAGAAGAUAGUAGGAAGACCGAAGACCUUGUGCUUGCAUCUGAUGGAAUGAUUUGGAGUGGAUGUUCAAAUGGAUUACUUGUGCAGUGGGAUGGGAAUGGAAACCGUUUGCAAGAUUUCCAUCAUCAUCCCUGUGCUGUUCUGUGCUUAUGUGCUCAUGGUUCUCGAAUAUGGGUUGGCUAUGUAAGUGGUAUGGUACAGGUCCUGGACCUUGAAGGGAACUUGAUAGCUGACUGGCUUGCUCACAACGGGCCUGUAAUAAAAUUGGCCGUUGGGGGUGAUUAUAUUUUUAGCUUGGCUAAUCACGGUGGUAUACGUGGAUGGACCCUUGCCACUCCAGGACCUAUUGAUAAUAUAUUGCAAUCGGAAACAGCAAAGAAAAGAUAUGUAUACACCCGGCAAGAAAAUUUUAGGAUUUUGGUUGGCACGUGGAAUGUUGCUGAAGGAAAAACCUCACAGGAAGCACUGACAACUUGGCUGGGUUCUGCCGUUUUGGAUGUUGCGAUUGUAGUAAUUGGGUUGCAAGAAGUAGAAAUGGGAGCAGGUUUUCUUGCAAUGUCUGCUGCAAAAGAAACUGUAGGACUAGAAGGAACUGCCAGUGGACAGUGGUGGCUGGAUGCGAUUGGGAAGACUUUGGACGAAGGAUCAACUUUCGAAAGGGUAGGCUCAAGGCAACUAGCUGGCUUGCUUAUCGGUAUCUGGGUGAGAAAAACUCUUAGAGCACAUGUGGGGGACCUUGACGUUGCAGCAGUUGCAUGUGGUUUAGGACGUGCCAUUGGUAAUAAGGGUGGAGUCGGUCUGAGGUUAAGAGUAUUUGAUCGGAUCAUGUGCUUCGUGAACUGUCACUUUGCAGCACAUUUAGAAGCAGUUAACCGCCGCAAUGCUGAUUUUGAUCAUAUAUAUAGAACAAUGGCUUUCACUCGAUCUUCCAACCUUCUUGACAAUGCUGCUGGUAUGCUGCGAUACCUGUUUUUGACUUGCUCUCUUGUCUUCUCCACAUAUUUACUGUGGCUGCUUUACUCUUCUGGCCUGCCAUGGAUCCUCUCUCUUGCAGCUGGCGUGUCAUCUUCUGCUCAAAUGCUUCGUGGUACAGAUGCUGCAGCAAUUAGUCCCGGUGUGGGAAAGACCGACCUUGCUGAAGCUGAUAUGGUGAUUUUUUGUGGGGAUCUUAAUUAUCGUCUUUUUGGAAUAUCUUAUGAUGAAGCAAGGGACUUUGUCUCACAAAGAUGCUUUGAAUGGCUUAGAGAGAAAGAUCAAUUAAGAGCAGAAAUGAAAGCUGGUAAAGUUUUUCAAGGGAUGCGCGAAGCAAUCAUCAGAUUUCCUCCCACUUACAAGUUUGACAAGGGUAAACCAGGAUUAGGAGGAUAUGAUUCCGGGGAGAAGAAACGAAUUCCAGCUUGGUGUGACCGAGUGCUAUAUCGAGAUAGUCGGGCAGCUCCUUCUAUGAAAUGCAGUUUACAGUGCCCUGUAGCAGCUUCCAUUUUACAGUAUGAUGCUUGCAUGGAAGUGACAGAUAGCGAUCACAAGCCUGUGCGGUGCAAAUUCAAUGUUGAAGUUUCACGCGUUGACAGAUCAAUAAGGAGAAGAGAGUUUGGGAAGAUUUUCCAGUAUAACGAGAAAAUCAGAUCGUUACUGGAUGAACUGCAUUAUAUACCUGAAGUUGCUGUCAGUACCAGCCAGAUUUCUCUUCAGAAUCAAGAAACAUUCAGCUUAAUGAUUACAAACAUUAGGAGACAAGAUAAUGUUUUUUUCCAAAUCACUUGUCGAUAUCAAUCAGCUAUCAACAAGGACAAGCAAACAUCAGGCUAUCACCCCAGAGGUUUCUUUUGUUUUCCCCGUUGGCUUGAGGUCACACCUGCGGCUGGCAUGAUCAAAUCUGGUGAAGAUGCUGAGAUCUUGGUACAUCAGGAAGAGUUUCGUAAUUCAGAGGAUACUGCUGAAGUUAUUUCACCAAGAAAAUGGUCCGAGGAAAUAAGAGAAGAGGUGAUAUUAAUGAUCAAUGUGAAAUCCAGUCGUUCAAUGAAGGUAAGGGCGCAUCAAGUACACCUCCGCUGCAGUUUCUCAACUGAUGCAGUAUGCCUGCUAUCGAGAAACAGUUCCAGCAGCAAUGAAGGGAGCCCCCGUUAUAGGUCAAACAGUUCCAGAAGAAAUGAAGGGAGUAUCUUCCGGAGGUCAAAUAGUUCCAGAUGAAAUGAACGUAGCUCCUACCAGGGGCCAAACAGUUCAAGAAGAAAUGAAGGGAGCUCCCACCAUAAGUUUGCUGUUCAACAGGAUAGUUCACUGACAAAUAAAUAUGAAUGAUCAUCAAGGCUUUCAGAGUACCUGGUAUCUGCAUACAACAACACACCCAGUGCAAUCCCACAAGUGGGAUCUGGGGAAGGUAGGCGUUACACAGACCUUACCCCUACCUCGUGGAGGUAGAGGUGCUGCGUGAAAGCCUAUAAACUUAAGGAAAACAAUAGCACCAAAAGAGGGUUUCAAGCCAAUGCUUUGAUGUAAAACUCUGGGAUUCCGUUCGCUGACAAUGUGUGGUAGGUCACGAUGUACAUACUCGUAGAUGAUUAGUGCUGGAAUAAUCUGGAUAUAGAGAAUCAAUUCUCUCUCCCAAUUUUUUUCACUAGAAUCAGGUUCCCCACUUUUUUGUAGUUACUUUUUAUCUCAAAACUAUACGAUAAUUUUUCACACUGAAGAAACUAUUACCUUUUGUGUUCCAUACAUUCAAUGAAAAGCCUCUGAUAUGCAUGCCAAUACACAAAUAAUGCUGGAUAUGUUGUAAUUCUAGUACCUCAUUGGAAUUACCACGUCGCGUCUAAAAUAAAGAUAUCCUAGAUGGGGAAGAAAGAACAAAGUUGGGCUCGUUACCUGUUAGAUCUAAACUUUCAUAGAACUAGCUCAUUCUCUGGGUUUUUUCUUCAUGUUGGCGGAAUUCUAAUAAAUGAUAGCAGCUGUGAAGGAUGGAACUUCAUGAUGAUGGAAAAAAGCUAUCAUAAAUUAUACAAUGACACCAUUUUGUUUGAUGAACUAAGGUGAUUAGGUAUAUAGGCAUAAAAAUAAAUAGCAGCCAUCCCCACAUUCUCGUCACCAAGUUG